AGCCGGUACGUAGAGAUGUUUAUCAGCAAUUCCCGUUACUACCAGGCUACUGUUCAGUCGAAGAUUCCCAACGGAAAGACGGUGUAUCUAGGUCAAGAUCUGUUCCUUGGUGUCGCUCUGGACUACGGUACAACUCUUCCAAUAGAUAAAGUACAUGCCUAUGGACUCUACACGUAUGAUUGCGUGGCGUCGAAUAAUGCUGAUUUUCUUUCUACUGGUACAAACAGAGUGAUUCGAUUAACCGAUGCAACAACUGGAUGCAUAGCAGGGACAUUGCAAAGUGGCAAAGCAUUUUAUUUGUCAGAAGGAUUUAAAGUAGCCUCAAAAGACGGAGCAGACGCUCUCGGUAUAAUCUCGGACACCACCACGGGAACCUAUAAUUUUGUACAGUUGUCAGGGAAGUUUGACGCAGCUAAAUGGCUGGUAGGGGGAAAUGAUCAUGUGUACUUCAGAUGUAAGGUCAAGUUUUGCCGAAACCAAGACUUUAAAACAUCGUCAAAAUGCUGGGAUGUGUGUGCAAACCAUCCAAAUGUCGACUACACUGCACGAAGAAGAAGAGACGUUAACAAGACCACAGAUCCAUACCCGCCUAUUACCGUUACUGCCAAUGUAAAACUCGCGAGACCGCCUCAAGCCAAGGAAGAAGUCAAGGUUGAAUGCGUUAGUAACGUUGUUGCCUACUCGACCAUGUUGGCCCUGUCAAUGCUUCUGCUCGUUGCUAUGGGAGUUACGCUCAUGUUGUUUGUCAAGCUGUCAAGCAGGCAAAAAAAGAAAGCGUAAACCGCUUUACUGGCG